GUGUUGUUUUACACACCAAGUGCAAUAUGCAGAGCUGGUUAGUGGACUGUGGUGCUGUAAAGGAAAUGUUGCCAGUGCAUGUUUCAUGCAUGUGUGAGCAUGUGGUCUGUGAAAUAUCCAGACUGGAGCACUCAGUGAUGGAGAAUCUCAAGCUAAAAAUUGCUUUUUAUCUUUACACCUUUGUACUUAAACAGCAAUACUUACAGAUUCAUAAAAUUGUCAUUGCACACAGAGAUAACUAAUUUCUCAACCACAGUACAUUAUAUAUGGAACCAUCUUUGUGUGUUCUUUGUCAUUAUUUUUAAAAAUGUAGCCUGAAAAAUGAAAGCCUGUAGCUGCUUCUCUGUGCAUUGGACCAAAGGGAGACAUGCAUGGUGUCUCACCUGGAGAGUGUGCAAUCAGGCUGGUGAAGGCUGGUGCCCAGAUUGUGGGAGUCAACUGCCACUUUGACCCCAUGACCUGCGUGGAGACCGUGAAGUUGAUGAAAGAGGGAGUGGAGAAAGCUGGUCUGAAGGCUCACUACAUGGUUCAGCCGCUAGCAUUCCACACUCCUGACUGCUACUGCCAGGGAUUCAUUGAUCUGCCAGAGUUCCCCUUCGCCCUAGAACCCAGAAUCCUAACCCGCUGGGACAUGCAUAAGUAUGCCAGGGAGGCAUACAAGGCUGGCAUCCGAUUCAUUGGUGGCUGCUGUGGUUUUGAGCCCUAUCACAUCAGGGCUUUGGCACAGGAACUGGCCCCUGAAAGAGGCAUAAUACCCGCUGGAUCAGAGAAACAUGGAAUGUGGGGUAGUGGUCUGGAGAUGCACACCAAGCCUUGGGUCAGAGCCAGGUCCUGUCGUGAAUACUGGGAGAAGAUCUUGCCUGCAUCCGGUCGCCCCAAAUCCGCAUCCAUGUCCACACCAGAAGGCUGGGGUGUGACCAAGGGUGAUGCUGAACUGCUUCGGCACAAAGAGGCCACCACCAGCCAGGAAAUGAGGUUGAAAACAAAAGGCCAAAAACUGGGAGGGAAUCCAACAACAACACCAAGAACCAUCUAAUCCGGACCAAACUAGUAUCGCACAUUCAC